AUGCGCCCCUCUUCCACCGUAGGCCUUGCCGCUGUAGCCCUUGCUAGUGUCGCCGAAGCGAGACAAAUCUUUCAAUACAUCAACCUGUCGGUCGGCGUCACCUGGGCUACCAUCACGACCGCCGAUGGCAAGACCCACAACUACGGCUGGUUCCUCGACGGAUGCAAGAACACCUUUGACUUCCUCAGAGAGACUUGCAUCGACUACGGCAGGGAGCGGGCUCAUGUCAUCUUCGCCGACGACGGCAGGAAGAUCUGCUUCGAGUUGACGAAGAAGGACGGUGGUUCAAACUGCAGUCCGAACAGGUGUGACCACUACGAGUACAGGACGUACACGGAGGUUGGCUGUUCCUGGUAG